GAAAUCCUAUCAUGUGAGGGAGAGGUGGAACCACGCUUGUAGGAUUCACCCUCCAAAGUCACACGUGAUCCCGCAGUAGUUCCAGGCGGUUAGCUACAUCAGAGAGCAGGGACAAUGGAUCUGAAGGUGCGGUUAUGUCUGCUGCUUAUCACACUGAGCUGGACCGUCAACCUGAUGUCCGUGAGCGCCCAAGAAGAGGACGAGGCUGACGUCAUGGACAUGGACGACGGGGAGGUGGACAUCGGAGACGACAUACUCGAGGGAGACGCUGAGACGGAAGCAACCGAUGAAGCCCCUACCGAACCCCCUAUACCAAAGGUGACCUACAAGGCUCCUGAACCAAUGGGAGAACACUUUUUCGCCGAGUCAUUCGACAAAGGAACACUUGAAGGAUGGAUUACGUCAAAGGCCAAGAAGGACGGAAUUGAUGAGGAAAUUGCCAAGUAUGAUGGUGAAUGGGAAGUGGAGGACAUGAAGGACACCAAGCUACCCGGAGACAAAGGUCUGGUGCUGAAGUCCCGUGCCAAACACCAUGCCAUUUCAGCCUGGCUGCUGCGACCUUUCAACUUUGACACCAUGCCCCUCAUCGUCCAGUAUGAGGUGAACUUCCAAACAGGCAUUGACUGUGGCGGUGCCUACAUCAAACUGCUCUCCCAGACUGAAGAUCUGAACUUGGAUGAGUUUGUGGAUAGGACUCCCUACACCAUCAUGUUUGGGCCUGACAAGUGUGGCGAGGACUACAAACUCCAUUUCAUCUUCAGACACAAGAACCCCAAGACCGGCGAGUAUGAGGAGAAGCACGCCAAGAAGUCCGACUCUGACCUGCGUUCCUACUACACCGACAAGAAGACCCACCUCUACACCCUGGUGCUGAACCCUGACAACACCUAUGAGAUCCUGAUAGACCAGACGGUGGUGAACAGCGGCAGCCUCCUGACUGACGUGACCCCCGCAGUCAACCCCGCCGCAGAGGUCGAGGACCCCGAUGACCACAAGCCCGAGGAUUGGGACGAGAGGCCCAAGAUUCAGGACCCCGACGCAGUCAAGCCAGAGGACUGGGAUGAGGAUGCCCCAGCUAAGAUCGCUGAUGAGGAUGCUGUGAAACCUGAAGGCUGGCUGGAUGACGAGGCAGAGUACAUCGGUGACCCCGACGCCGUCAAACCCGAGGACUGGGAUGAGGAUAUGGAUGGCGAGUGGGAGGCGCCUCAGGUUCCUAACCCCGCCUGUGAGGCCGCCCCUGGCUGCGGCAAGUGGGAGAAGCCCACGAUCGACAACCCCAGCUACAAGGGCAAAUGGAAGCCUCCCAUGAUUGACAACCCCAACUACCAGGGCGUGUGGAAGCCCAGGAAGGUCGCCAACCCUGACUACUUCGAGGACCUGCACCCAUUCCGCAUGACCACGUUCAGCGCUGUGGGUCUGGAACUCUGGUCCAUGUCCUCGGACAUCUUCUUCGACAACUUCUUUGUCACUUCCGACCGCAACACUGCAGAGCGCUGGGCCAAUGACGGCUGGGGCCUGAAGAAGGCAGCUGAGGGAGCCGCUGAUCCUGGCCUGGUGAAGCAGAUGAUGACUGCCGCAGAGGAGCGUCCCUGGCUCUGGGUGGUCUAUGUCCUCACCGUGGCUCUCCCUGUUGUGCUGAUUAUCGUCUUCUGCUGCACUGGAAAGAAGAAGCCGGCAGCUGCAGACUACAAGAAGACAGAUGAGCCCCAGCCUGACGUGAAGGAGGAGGCUGAAGCUGAAGCUGCGGCUGAGGCUGAAGCUGAGGUGGAGGAGGAUGAGGAAGAGGCAGAAGCAGAGGAGGAGGAAGACGUAAAGCAGGAGGAACAGACAGCGGACAAGAAGAGUGAUUUAGAGGACAGUCCUGCAGAGGAGGGAGCAAAUGAUGAAGACUCCCCAGAUGGAGAGGAGGAAGACGCAGACAAAUCCGGCGAGAAGCCAGAGGAGGAUAUUCUCAGAAGGUCCCCCAGAAACAGAAAAGUGCGAAAGGAAUGAUGAGCCUAGUCUUUCACCUCAGUCUCUAGCCCUAAGCCCCCUCCAUCCCGUAUCGCACCUUGACUCUGCCCCCCUCUCCUCUCCUCUCCUCUUAGCCCCCCAGCCCCGCGAAGCCCCCUCCUUCCUGAGACUCAGCCCAUCCCAUCCGUACCCUACCCUCCACUCCACCUCCCCUCCAGAAUCCAGUUCGCCUGCUCCAUCUUCCCUGAAGAGAUGACAAAACGGAGAGAAGUGCAUCAUGGCAAAAAAAAAGAAAACGACUGUUAAGAAGAAGCAGGAGAAACGGAAAGCGAUCUUGACCUGCAAAACGAGGAGGAACGAGGACCCGCGCGUAGACAAGGAUUACGAGGAUCAUGUCGAUGAAGUUGACAAAAAGAUGACUUAUGUCGAGUAGAAUAGAAACUGUGCUUUACUAAAAGAAAGAAUCUUCCUAUACUGUUCCGCAACUGCGUUGCAGACACUAACCUAUGAUCCCCCCCCUCCAACCCCAAACCCUCUUCUGUCUCUCCCUUCCUCUGCUCUGCUCUGUCACACCUCUCCUCUAGGCGGCCACUCAGCGCUCCUAACAGUAUUUAUCAGCCAUCAAUUAUGGGAACACUACAGAGUAGGCCACCAUCCCUCAACCCCUCCAUCUCACCUGCUGAUUGGUACACGCCAUGAUUCCUAUGUGGUCACCACAGAGGGGGAGGUCUUUAGCACAGUGGGAGGGUCACAGUGAUGUCUCCCAGAGGUUUUACAGUACAUGAAUAAAUAUAUAAAUAUAUAUGUGUGUGUUUUGUCAGCUUUACAAACAUCUGGCUCCUCUCGUUACAUUUUUAUUUUUUAUUUUUAUUUUGACGAAAACGUCCAAUUGGGGAUUUCGUGUCUCACCUCGGGACUCAACCAUUUCAUUCCAUGAGGCUCUCUGCUAUGGCUAUUUGUACAUGUUCUGGUUUUGCUUUGUUUGUUUUUUGUUUUGUUUUUUGGUCAGGAAAGUCUGUAGAGUACUCCCCGAUAUUCCUCUGUGUACCAAGGCUGGCAGUUAGGCCCUCAACUGCAUGUGAUCCAGUGGGGUGUCCAGGGAGAAUGCCUGUUUGGCUAAUAGUCUAGAAUAUGCUGCCUUACUUGUAGAAUGCAAGGUUUUGCUUUUUUGUGAAUGUACUGUGACUUAUUUUUUUUAAAUGUAUAUGUUUUUGUUUUGUCACGAUUACAUUUUCUAAAAAUUUGAAUCCACAAAUCUUUUCUUUUUUUUUCUCCUCUUUGGUGUUGAUCUAAUAUAGGAGUUAGUACUGUAACAUAUUCCAGCAUGUGAAAAGGAAGGGAACAUUUGUGGUAUUGGUCUUUUGAGCUUUUGAGAGAGGGGAGUGAAGAAUGUAUGCACUGAUAGACUGGUUGAUAUGUCAGGCCUGCGGAGUUUGUGUCCUUGCACAGGGUGACUCAUCAAAAAAUUCCGGAGUUGGCUGUGCUGCUUUUCCAUUGGUGGCUAGGUCAGUCGCCUACACAGCCAUUGGUGAGUCAGCUCCAGUGCACUUCCUGUGACAUAAUUUCCUGGGCCAGGUCAUUAGAAGCAGCAGCAGCACCACCACAUUGACAGUGCCAUUCCAUGACCAACAUAGUCACGUAGUCACACCGCUUCUCACGUGGUCUGUUGACUUGUGAAGAUUUGAAUCAUGUUUUGUCAUCAAUGUCACUCAUACAUGGCAGAGGCGUGGGAAGUAGGCUCCCAGAGUGUAAAACAUCACAUCACAUCCCUGUUUGACCAAACAUUACCACACAACAUUUGUACUCUUCCCCUUUUUUAUUCAUUACCCCGAAGAAAAUGAAAUAGCACUAAGAAGGGGGGGGGGGGGGGGCCCCAGAAGGCGAACCCUGAUUUGCUUGAAAGAAAUGCUACAUUUAGUAUGAGUUGUUUUCACUCAUGCGAGUGGAAAGGCGCUUCACUUCGGUAGACCAUCUUAAAGAAGUGGAGGUUUCGGACCACACGUUGAGCUUUUACCCCAAAGCAAAAGAGUUGGCACUUUUUGGAACAACACACCCAUUUCUUGCAUGAAUGCACACAUACCUAAAAGAAAAACACACUGACACUUGCUGCUCUGCUUAGGAACCUGGUGCUUGAAGUAGCUCUCACUAGUCUCUCCAAUGCGUUUUCUUGCUCUCUCUCUCUCUCAUCAGAUGCUUAAAGCCUUGUUACUGCAUUUAAUUCCUUCAAUACUCAUGUUUUUUUUGUCCCCUGCUGGUUUUUGGUAAUACUGAUUGGAAUGAAUCGAUGGAUGGAACAUUGAGAAUGGACAAAUUCACUAAUUAAAAAGAGAUUCUCUACUAACAGUCUAUCUGUUGUAGGUCUGUCAGGGUCCACGUGGCCAUGAUGUUGGUCCUUCCUGAGUGUGUAGGUUUUUGAUUGAUUUGGGGGUGGCAGUGUGGGUGAGGUGUGUGAGGAGGGAGCAAAACUUGCCAUCAUGUUACCAAGAAACAGAAACGAACCAGUUUGGAGAAGAAAAAACGUGGUUUGGAGCAUUGAGCCAUUGCCUUGUCUUCCUUCUCAGGUCGGGGGAUUACCCGUGAAACUGAGAUGGAAGGGACAGCCAAUGGCAGAGAAAUUGGGUUACGUCACGACGUCUCGGUUUCUCACCCCUUCCUGAUCUUUUUUUUUUUUCUUUUUCAAAGUUGUCCUCUGUAAGGUUGAAUGAUUUGAAUGGUUUACUUCACACAGGCUGUCAUUGUUUUUAUAGUUUUUGUCUUUUUUUAAAAUAAUUCACUCUGAUGGGAGGUUUAUCCUCUUGAAAUGAGGUGCGGUGGUCUUGGAUUUGACCUGAAAGACCGUUCAAAGGGGAAACGGUGAUCCUAUAGCUUAAUAACUUGACUUUGCAGUACUAUGCUACUUGGACACUUUUUAGAAUUUCAGAUCAAAACCUACGAGCAGAAAAAGCUGGUGUGAACGCCCACUCUCCAGCUCCCGCACCCUGCCCUAUUUUGUUAUUUGUUGACCUAUUUUUGUUACUUUUCAAUCACGGAUUUCCUCAUCUUAGUUAACUUUAAUGAGACUUUAAACAUCCAUCCCUUCUUUUUGAUCACCUUCAUCUGAAUCUACCUAGAUGGCUAAUUUCUUGCCUGCACUGAAAGGGUUUCUCAUACAUUCUCAUCAUGCUUGGUGUGCUUCAAUGAUAGGAGAACACCACAGAGGCCGAUAACUUAUGCUAAUUUUAUCCACUAGGGAUACAGCUUUCUCAAAAAUGAACCUCAGUUCAAACAUUUUUUUUUUUUUUUUUAAAUGUCUGUGUUUAUUAUAGAAAAUUACAAAGUUGAUGUUUCAAUGUAGUAACACAGCUACUCCUGUCUGACAAACAACACAGUGGCUGCGUCUUUCACCCUGUGUGUAUCUGAAGUGCAGUCAUCUAUGAAUGGAUAUCCCAUUUGUUUGGUUGAAUAAAAAACUAAUGAUAAUGUG